CCCGGCAGACGCGAAGGAUGACGCCAUCAAAUCGCGCUGGGAGGUCACACGGUAUCCUCCAAUAUGGCGGCGGCGGCGCUGAGGAGAGGCUGGUGCUGCUGCCCGCGGAGAUGCCUUGUCAGUGGAGUCCAGUUUCUAUCCAGCCACAACCUUGUGCCAGUACCCCGUGGUACCUAUCAGGUACGCCGGCCAGAUGGAGAGCUGCCCCUGUCCAAAUCCUAUUCUUCUGGAAACAGAAAAGGCUUUCUCUCAGGCUUGCUAGAUAAUAUCAAGCAAGAAUUAGCCAAAAACAAAGAAAUGAAAGAAAGUAUAAAAAAAUUCCGAGACGAGGCCCGGAAGUUGGAAGAGUCAGAUGCGCUCCAGGAAGCCAGAAGGAAAUAUAAAACCAUUGAAUCCGAAACCGUGCGGACGAGUGAGGCAAUCAAGAAGAAGUUGGGGGCAAUCACUGGCACUGUGAAGGAGAGUCUGGAUGAAGUCAGUAAAAGCGACCUUGGCCGGAAAAUCAAGGAGGGUAUGGAGGAAGCAGCCAAGACGGCCAAGCAGUCAGCCGAGUCCGUGUCCAAGGGUGGGGCCUUCAAAGCCCUCUCCCAGGGGGUGGAGUCAGUGAAAAAGGAGAUUGACGAAAGUGUGCUGGGCCAGAUUGGACCCUACCGCAGGCCUGAACGGCUCAGGAAAAGGAAGGAGUUUGCUGGAGAGAAGUUCAAGGAAGAGAAAGUGUUUGAGCCCAAUGAGGAGGCCCUGGGGGUCGUGUUGCACAAGGACUCUAAGUGGUAUCAGCAGUGGAAGGACUUCAGGGACAACAACGUGGUGUUCAACCGGUUUUUUGAGAUGAAGAUGAAGUAUGACGAGAGUGACAACACAUUCAUCCGAGCCUCCCGAGCACUGACAGACAAGGUCACAGACUUGCUGGGGGGCCUGUUCUCGAAGACAGAGAUGUCAGAGGUGCUCACGGAGAUCCUGCGCGUGGACCCCGCCUUUGACAAGGAGCGGUUCCUGCAGCAGUGUGAGAGUGACAUCAUCCCCAAUGUCCUGGAGGCUAUGAUUUCUGGAGAGCUUGACAUUCUCAGAGACUGGUGCUAUGAAGCUACCUAUAGUCAGCUGGCCCAUCCAAUCCAGCAGGCCAAGGCGCUAGGCCUCCAGUUCCACUCCCGAAUCUUGGACAUCGACAAUGUCGACUUGGCCAUGGGCAAGAUGAUGGAGCAGGGGCCUGUGCUGAUCGUCACUUUCCACGCCCAGCUGGUGAUGGUGAUCAAGAACUCCAAAGGAGAAGUGGUCGAGGGUGACCCGGACAAGGUGCUGCGCAUGCUGUACGUAUGGGCACUUUGCCGGGACCAGGAUGAGCUCAACCCCUACGCGGCCUGGCGGCUUCUGGACAUCUCUGCUUCCAGCACAGAGCAGGUCCUCUGAGCUUGGUGGCCACAACAGGGACUCUGAGCUGUAUCAUGCAGAGCAGCUGCACGGCGUGGGACCGAUGUCCACCUAUAGCAACAGACCUCUGGGGAUAAGACUGUGGACUCUGGUCCAUUCUGCCAUAGUGGCUACAGAACCAGCUGGGCAGGAAAGGACCAGGGACUGUGGAGGGCUGCUCUCCACAGUGGCAGCCCCUGUACCACCCUCUGCUGCAUAGGGGCUGCUGGCAGGCAGGUCACCAAGGCACACAGGCCAGACAGUGCCAAGAGGACCUGGCCCAGAACAACUCAGGAUGGGGUGGUGGGGCCUGCUGGACACAUUAGUCAGGCUGCUUUAGCUCUAUUUAAAACAAACAAACAAACAAACAAACAAACAACGUUAACAGUGCUCUUAUUACCUUGUAUGUAUGCCUGAGAUUUGGAAGUGAUAAUAAAACACCAAAGGGCAAGAGA